AUGACUGCUCCGACGCCGCGGACGCCACAAGUCCCCCAACAUGUCACCGCGCUACUCUCUCACCUCACUUCCCGCCCGGGGGUGCAUUCCACCCUGAUCCUCUCCCGCCGAGAUGGCUCUAUCAUUCAAGGCACAGGGCUGCUCGCCCCCCCACCAGCCGAUGCAAAUGGAGUGUCUCAUCCGUCCGCCACAGACCCCAUUCCUCCUUCCGUACCACAGCAAUCCGACGAGCCUCCUUCCUCGCCUGCUUCCCCCGCCGCCAACGUAUUAUCAUUAUCAUCACCCUACCAGCCCUCCCAAGCCGAGGCCCUAGCCGCACACAUCUUUGCCUUUGUCUCUAGCGCUUCAGCGCUUGGUGUUUCGCUGUCGCGACCUGCCUCGCAGCAGAACGGCGGUGCCCAUGAGUCUCAGCCUGCUGCGUGGGACGCUGGACAUGAGACCUACGCGAAUGGAACUAGUACGCCGCGUGAGGAGGAUCGUGAUGCGGACACGGUUGACGUGGAGGAAGAUGAGAUCAAGCUUCUUCGUAUGCGCACGCGGAAACAUGAGAUCGUCGUCGUGCCGGAUAAGAAGUACCUGCUCUGCGUCGUGCACGAUGCCGCGCAUGCGAGUGGGGGGCCCGGCGUGGCCGGCGCUCGCGUGUCUAGGUGA